AUGCCCGGAGCUAGUGGUGUCAAUACUGAGGGGUCUUGUGAGGCCCUGUGUCGAACCCUUGUCUCCCAGAAGGGCCUGCAGCGAGAGACGGCUGACAUCUCCCAUUCUGUCCUCUACACUUCACUGAUGGGCCUGCUUCUGGUCACCGACAACGAGAAAGAGAAGCUCACCGUAGGAAGUGGAAGAGUUGGCCUUAAAAACAUAGGAAAUACAUGCUUCCUGAACGCAGUAGUUCAAUGCUUGUCUCACACGCGUGGCCUUCGGGACUACAGCCUCCUCAAGUCCUACAGGGAUGACAAGUUCUCCAAAGAGGAGACUAAACUCAUGGAAGCCUUCUCUCAGGUGCUGUCAGGCCUUUGGGAUGUAAAUGAAGGGGACACAGUCGUAAACCCACGACAGUUUUACAACAUUUUUAAAGACGCGGUGCCUUACUUCAGUGGAUACAGUCAACAGGAUGCACAGGAGUUCCUCAGGUUCCUAUUGGACAAGCUGCACACAGAAAUCAAUCGCAGACCCUAUGUUCGAAGAACAGGAAAGGAGCCUGAGCAAACAUUUGCCAGAUUUAGGAUUUCAGAAGAGGCCGCUGCCAUGUGGAAGAAACACUUGGAGAGAGAUGACAGCAGAAUAGUAGACCUGUUUUCGGGCCAGCUGAGGAGCUCGCUGCAUUGCUCCGUGUGCUCCCACUCCUCCAACACAUUCGACGUGUUCUGUGAUCUGUCGCUGCCCAUCCCCAAGAGGAGCUCCUCUGGGCAGGUCACACUGAGGGAGUGCCUGGAGCUCUUCUCUCAGGAGGAGAAACUGGACAAGGACAAUUCCCCUAUGUGUGAAAGGUGUAACAGGCACACUGAGUGCACCAAGCGGCUUUCCAUCCAGAGGUUUCCCCAGGUUAUUGUGAUACAUCUGAACCGUUUCACCACAUCUCGCUGGUCUAUCAGUAAAAGCACAGUGUAUGUGUCCUUCCCUCUCACUAACCUGGACCUCGGACGCUACGGGCCUGUCGACUGUGGUCCAGUUCUGUAUGAUUUAUAUGCAAUAUGUAACCAUGCUGGCACAGUGAACAUGGGCCACUACACAGCCUGCUGUUCGGAUGAAAAUGGUUGGUGCUUCUACAACGACUCCAGUGUUACUCCAGUCUCAGAGAACCAGCUUCAGACCAAUCAAGCCUAUGUGCUGUUCUACCAGCGCAGCAACAGUACCACCAUCAGGAAAUAGACCCGACACUGGCUGAGCCAAGCAGCCAAUCAGAGCAACCUCCAGUGUCCAUAGAAACAAAUAGAAGCAGCAGUGCUGGCAUCUAUGCGCAGCUCAAUCUCAAUGAGCAUGCUAUGGGCAUAGAUAUGUCUCAUAACUAUUUGUGUGAACAUAAAAAUAAUUUGUGU